CCGAAGUACCUUAUCUCACCGCCAGUGUCGCUAUGCCGUCUGAUCACGUGACAGACAUGGCGACGUCAGACGCUGAACGUGGGGGAUUCCAGAGUGUUACCCGGCAUGCCCUAUGGCAAGAUGGCGGCCCGGAGGCCGGCUGGACUUAGUGCCUCACUCACGUAAGCUGCAGAGGGACUUUAGUGCCUGGAAGGUUUCCUAUGAGCAGCCGCUAAGUGGGAGUAGGAGGGGGCAACGCUGAGCAGCAGGAGACAGAACCUCCGUCCGUGGCAGCAAGAACAGCCUGCAGGGUUAGGUUACACUUAACUGCCUGGGAGAUAAAGACAAAGGAUCGAGGGAAAGAGGAAAAAGAGCAGCAGGGAACAUGUGUGAUAACAACAAGGAGUCCUGACCAGGUGGCACUGGGUCCUCACUCGGACACUUCUAAUUUACUCUUCAGAUCCAAGGGCUCUUACUGGAGCAAAAAGAAUGACCAGCACUGCCUCCACCAAGAAGCCUUACCGUAAAGCUCCGCCGCAGCACCGGGAGACACGGCAUGAGCCACCAGGGCCUCGAGAGGAUGUGCCGGAGAAAGUGAGUCAGGAGCCGCAGACAGAAGGGGAGCGUAUCCAGUUUCUGCAGCACCAAAAUGAUGAGUUGGGUCGCCGCCUGGCCUAUGCCACCACCAAAAUGGAAGCCAUGGAACAUGAAGUGGAUGCUCGGGGUCAGUACUUAGAGAUGGAACUUAACCGCAACAGAGAGGAACUGGAAAAACUUAAGGACAAAUUCCGAAGGCUACAGAACAGCUACACCGCCUCCCAGAGAGCCAAUCAGGACCUGGAGGAGAAGCUGCAUACUCUGAUAAAGAAAGCCGAGAUGGACAGGAAAACCUUGGACUGGGAGAUUGUGGAGCUCACCAACAAACUGCUGGAUGCAAAAACCACUAUCAACAAACUGGAAGAGCUGAAUGACCGGUAUCGGCAAGACUGUAACCUUGCUGUGCAGCUCUUGAAAUGUAACAAGUCGCACUUCCGGAACCACAAGUUUGCCGAUCUUCCCUACAAGCUUCAGGACCUCGUCUCCAAACAUAUGCAAAUUUCUGUCACUUCGCCGGGCUCUGGGCAGGAUAGCCCAUCAGGCCUUUCACAGUCCGAUGUGGUGCCCACCUCCGUCAUUGCACGAGUGCUGGAAAAGCCAGAGUCCUUAAUUCUAAACUCUGCCACCUCCAGUAGUGGCAGCGGCCCGACGGCAGAGGAUGUCUUUGUGCACGUGGACAUGAGCGGUUGUGGAGAGAGAUCGAGAGAGGGCCGGCAGCAGCAGAAUGGGAGUCUCCAGCACCAGGGCAGUGUAGAUAGUACUUCAGAAGAUCCACCCACCUUUGAAAAACUCAACCCAUAUCCUACCCCUCCUCCGCCUCACCCAAUGUACCCUGGACGCAAAGUCAUUGAGUUCUCCGAUGAGAAGGUGAGGAUCCCAAAAAACAGCCCACUGCCCAACUGCACCUAUGCAACCCGCCAAGCCAUUUCUCUCAGCUUAGUGCAAGGGGAGGAUGGCAGCCCAGACCGACAUCGUACUGUACCCAACAGCCCAGCAUCCACAGCUAGCUACCCACAGAGGGCACGCAGCGCAGAUAACCCUGCCCGUUCUCCCCUGAGCAGUGCCGCUCCCAGCUCGGCAAGCUCGGAGGAGGACAUGUUGGCCAAUUGGCAACGAAUGUUUGUUGAAAGGGCUGCACCCAGCACAGAGGGGUCUAUGGCCCACCGUACAUCAUACAGCAGGGACACGGCAGUGGAGCUCCAGAAGAGGUUCAGUAGCUCCAUGCAGGAACUCAGUAUCGCAGCACAGGCUUUUUCUGACCGCGAAAGCUUUGGUCUUAGCUGGGCAGGAAGCAGAGAGUCCAGCUUUGAAGCAGAUAGCAUGGGAAACCGCAGAGGGCACUUGCCCAAUGAGUAUGGGAAGGAGUUCUCCCAGGAAGAGGCCCAGGACUUGCUCUCUGGAACAGUGGAGGAGGAAGAGGAGGAGCCAGAAGAACAUCUGGUGCCUUCAGAGGAAGCAGAAGAGGAGGAGAGAAUAAUGGAGGAGGAGAGAAUAAUAGAAGAAGAUGUCGUUCAAAAGACUCUGGUAGAGGGAGAUGAUGGGCUAUUUAUGGAGAAUCGCCCGAGUGCACGCCCGCACCGCAGCCCAAAAAGGAUGGGUGUUCAUCACCUUCACAGAAAGGACAGCCUGACACGUGCUCAGGAGCAGGGGAACCUGCUCAAUUAGGGGAGUAUUUAAGGGGUUCUUAAUUACUUCUUAUAACAAUGACACUCCAGAAGUGUGUGCCCGGAGGCCGUUGGCUGCUAACCCAUCACAAUCAUAAUAUGCAUUUCUAAACACUAGUGGAGCACGACUGCAUUAAAUUCUGCAACAUAGUAAUAUAAGGGAGCUGCAGUGCAGCUGGCAGUGGAGUCUCUUCCUCUAAAUCCCUUUAUAUUGUGUCUGUGGUGCCAUAGAGGUACCAGCGCCAAAGUCAGCUGGUUCUGUCAGGCACACGGUAGCGCAACCGGAUCUGCACCAAGUAUUACUUCCUUGCAGCAGUAUCUAACAGCAGCUCAGGGCUCCGUUCCUUGGGUAACUCAGCACACUGUGGUGCCGCUUACACUAACCUGUGGUCCGGGAAGGGUACCAGGCCUUCAGCCAUUCCUAAGAUCCAGCUUUUCCAUGUGAAUGUAAGGGUUAAAUCACCUCCUGGGAUCUUCCAAAUGUGCUUCUGCAUGGGGGUAACAGGUGAAUGAGAGUUUCAUGGGGGAAAUAGUCCAGGUCUUUGGUCAAGCUCUGCCCAAUCAAGUCGCAACAGUUCCACCAUUUCCCGUUUGCAAUAUUUCAUGUUUUUUAACUGAAUUUUGAGUCUUUCAUUGGUCUUUUCACCCCUGCGGUGCUUCUUUUCCCUGUACAGGGGUUGCAGUAUGCUGCAGGGGGUCUUGUCUGGUUAUUUUCCUUUGUUUUUGGCUUUAGUUUGAAUUUUGAAAUAAACAUUGUGGUGUCCUUACCCCUCCUGUGGGACACAUGUUCUCUAACCUGUCCAGUGGUAUCAGAACUCGCUCCCAGCUGCACAACUAUAUGGACCCUUGCACCCACUCUGUGCCCUUAGAUCCGACUAAAACUAAACAAUUAGCUCUUUAUAGUAGCUACAAAUAUAGUCACAUAUAGUGACUAAUAUAGUAGCAAUUGGGCUCCUGGCUUAGAAUCUUAUAGCAACCAGAUGUGUUAUGUCUUCUAUCUGCAAUAGUCCAGGAAUUGGGUUGCUUUAGGUUACAAGGCCUUAAAACUAACAGCAACUUAUCUACAGGAUCGUUGGAAAGAGUUCUGCAGGUCCAGUGUUGGGAACCACUGAUCAUUGUUUGGUUGCUCUUCCUAAGAGCUUGAAUCUUCUCAUUUUUAUUUCCUGUGUGUAUCCCCCCCCCCCCCCGAGCUGCUUUUGUGUGUUUGACUUUGUGCAUCGGCUCAGUGUUCCAUCCAGACUUGUACCAGGGCAGUAUUACCUGCUAUAAUCAUUGUCCCACCCCCAUCCUACAGAUCUCAGACUGUUAAUUGCAUUUAGUAUUAUUUUCCAGAGUUUUUCAGAUCUGUCUAUUUUCCAAGGAGAAAUAAAACUAUUUUAAAAUA